GACGAUACUUGCCGGGGCAAAGCACGUACACAGAAGCUGCGCCUCUUGCAAUUGCUCCUCUACUUCCCUCCGCCGACCCUCGUACAAUGUCCUUUCUCUCCUCCUUCUCCACCGCGCUCCGGACACAUUCCGCACCUCUCAACGCACGACUCGGGGCUCAAGUACAGACGCCGACGGAUACCAUCGACAAGCUAGUAGAGAGGAUCCAGACGAGUCCGAGUGUGGAUGAUAGGAGGACGGCUGUCUUGGGGUUAAAAGGGUGUUGUAGGGAGUUCAAAGAGGAAGUUGGAACCCGAUCACUUUCAUCUUUGAUCGCCGUGCUGCAAUAUGACGCGCCUCAAGAUGCAGAUAUCGCCAAAGCCGUGCUAGAGACGUUGAUGGGAGUGUUCGAGGUUGGAGAGAAGCCGACGAGGGACGAUCCAGGUCUUCGGUUCCAGAACGAAUUCUUCCAGACCCCAGAACCAACCCACUCUCUCCUUACCAUCCUCUCCACCUCGCCCUCCUUCUACCCCCGGUUCUAUACGCUCCAGCUCUUCUCCCUCCUGCUCAUCCACAACGCUCAUGCGGUCCAAACGUACAUCCUCAGUUCUCCCCCUCCAGGCGUAGACGCCCUCCUCUCCGUCCUCGACGCCGGACUCCCUUCCACAUCCUCUCAGCCCAACAACCCGAAUGCGGGAGAAUCGUCCAUGUCGGGCGGAGCGGGCGAGAUGCUGCGAAACGAGACGCUCUUGCUCCUCCCUCAGUUGACGCAGGGGAACACGGACUUGCAAAAGAUUGUAGCUUUCUCGGGGGCGUUUGAGAGGUUGUUGAGGAUCGUCGAUGGGGAGGGUGGGGCCGAGGGAGGGAUCGUGGUGCAGGAUGCGAUGGUCGGGAUGGGAGGGUUGUUGAGAUACAACGUCUCGAACCAGAACUAUUUCCGGGAGCUGUCCCUCAUCCCGCUCCUCCCGCCGAUGCUCUACUUUCCCUCACCACCACCUCCUAUCGAUACCCCAGCACCGGACGAUUUCACGCUGCAAUACUGGCCAGAGCAAAAGGUCGUCAACGCGGGAUUGGUCUUGGGUCUGGUUAGGAUGUUGGUUGGAGGGCCUGGAGGUGGCAAUCAGACUGCCAUGGCUUCGAGCGGAGUGACGAGAUGUCUGAUCGAACUCGCCUUGUCCUCCAACGCACCUCCGGCCUUGAAAGCCCAGGCGCUGAACACGUUGACGCCCAUCAUGCUCACUUCUCCCAACAACCAGGCACUCUUGUCGCUCAUCUCCCUCGCCCCAUUGGUCGCUGUCCCUGCCAACGAAGAACAUCCAAACGGCGGAUUUGUUCGACUACCGAUGCGACCUGCAGUGCUCGCGCUCGUUGGAAGCGUGGUCGAAGGAGCCGAUGUGGAACCUAGCAUGGGCAGGGCUCUGAAGGGUCGAGCGGCCGGAGUCAACAUGUUCGAGGCGUACAUCACCGGGAACGAGGAUGCUAGAGAGUUUGUGCUCAACGGGAUGGAUCCUUCUCUACCCGUCGCGGGCGUGUCGGAUCCAUCGAGACCGUAUGACCCGCCCGUACAGACCGCAGGAAACACGAUCCUCAAUGCCAUCGUCGAGACGCCCUUGCCCGGUCGAGCGGUCGAACCGUAUAGGAUCCUCUUCGCCUGUUUGCUGAUGGCGCAUCUCAUCCGGAGCUCGGAAAAGGCAAAGACGUUGGCUAGGGAGAUCAAGGUCCCACCAGCCGGUACGGUUGGGAUGGGUGGAGAAGGAGUUGACGUGCACGAGCAUGCGAUUGCCGAUGACGAGGAUGACGACGAACACGAGACUCUGUUACAGGUAGUCGUCGGUAACCUGAUGCUCGCACAGAGGGAACAGGCAGACUGUGCCAACCGGGCAGCGAAGGAAGGUACUGGGCCUGGAGGUGUUCCCGGUCGACAUCUCGGGACGGGGGUGGCAGGAGGAAUCAGUGAAGAGGAAGCGGAUUGGAAUAGAGUCAUGGUCGGAUAUCUGGUGCUCUUGUGCACAUGGCUGUGGGAGAGCCCAAAGACUGUCAGGGCGUUCUUGGACGAGAGCGAUCUUCAGGUGCUUAUCGCGCCGAUCACUCAGCCGAACGGUGUUGACCCGCUCGUUCAGGGGCUGUGUGCGUUCCUCCUGGGUGUCUGUUACGAGUUCAACAGAGAACCGGGCGAGGUUACUCGGGCCACGCUGCACCCUAUAUUGCAUUCUCGCAUCGGUCCCGACCAAUUUGUGUCAAGGAUGGCUCGUCUACGAGAAGACCCUCGUUUCAAGGCUGUCCAGCCUGAUCAAUUUGACGACGAGGAUAAGGACGGCUUGAACGCGUUACCGACCGGUGCACCACCAGUGACUCCUGGCAUAGAAGAGAUGGAAGAUACCGAGGCGGAGGUGUGGUUCGAUUGGGCGUUUGUCGAUUUCUGGAAGAACAAUUACUACACCAUCCAACGAGCAAUCGCUGUCGAACCAGAUGCAAUGCGAGGUUCGCUAGCGGACGACUCCGAAGCCGCGGGCGUCAUCGCUUCUUUGCGUGAGAAGAUCGCAGCGCAGACCACGCAGAUCGAUGUGCUACGACAGAAGUUGGCGACUCAGGCCAAGGAGCACGAGGUCGACCGAACCGCUUUGACGACCGAUAUCGAAAAUCUGUCUGCUCAGGUCACGGCGUUAUCAGAAGAGGUCGACAAGCUCAGAGCCGACGGGGAGAAGGCUCAGAAGUCCAUAGAUGAGGCUCGAGGCUCGUCCGAUGCUGCCCACCAGCAAGAGCUAGAAGCAGUCCGUGCGGAAUUGGCUUCGACGAAAGAGCAGCUUGAGACGCAUUUGAGCGAGUUGAGCGAGUCUCAGGAAAAGCACGAUGCAGAAAAUCAGGGAAUCCGUGAAAAUCUGGCUGCCAAAGAAGCCGAACUCGACAGCGUGAGAAGAGAGCUAGCGGAGACGAAAACGCAGCUGGCCGAGAAGGUUCAGUCCACUGACGAUGCUUCCAAGGCUGAAGAAAUCAGACUGAGCGGCGAGCUGGAAGAAGCUCGACAGUCCGUCAUCGCACUGCAAGCCGAAGUCGACAGCUUGAAGGCCUCUGCAGAGAAGGAAGCCGAGUCUUCCAAGAAAGACGCAGAUGACCUACAAUCCGCUCGCGAUGAACUCGAAGCCCUUCGGGCCCGAGUUGAAUCUGCCGAAAAGCAGGCAAAAGAACAAGAACGCAUUGCUAGCGAGCGAGACGAGCUACAAAAGAAGCUCGAAAAGGCAGAGAAAGAGCUCGAAACCGCGACGGUCGCUGCCAGUGCCGCUAGCUCCGAGGGAGCAAAAGGGAAGGGCAAGAAGGGGAAAAACGGCGACAACGAUCAGCUGCAAAAGGAGUUGGAUGCUCUCAAGAAGGAGGUUGCCGAGGAGAAGAGCAAGCGGGAAGAGACGGAAAAGGAACACGAGGAUCUGCUCGUCUUACUGGAAGAGCUGAGUACGAAGCGGAAGAAGGACAAGGUCAGGAUGCGGGAGAAGGGUCUUGACGUUUCCGAGGAUGAAGAUGAGGGAGAGGACGAUGAUGAGGACGGAGAUGACGAGUGAUUCUGGUCAGGGGUUCACGAUUGUCUUUUUAGAUGUAGCUAUAAUCAAAGCCGAUCCGAUUAUGUACGACUACCAUGCUUUCAUCGCACAUGUUGUAGUUGACGGCUGGAGUGAACCUAUUUCGAACAUGGUCAUCCAAUGACCAAGGAAGUCGAGCGAAUAAUCAGGAUGGAGCAAAAGCUCUAUACCUAUUACCUAUCUGUGCCUCACGAAUGAGCUACCCUCCCGCGCUUGAUCUUCACCUCGCAUCCGUUCGUAUAUUUAUCGUAAUGUGCGUCGGGUAUAUACAUGCACAAGUAUGCCU